AUGGGCAAUUCGAAACUUUCACGCAAUCAACAGAAAGACGAAAGUCCAAAGGUGGAAGAGGGUGCAACGGAAGCUCCACCGACGAAAUCUUCAAAAAACGAAAUCUCACGUCUUACGAUGGCGAGCGCAGAACAUGGAGCGGAUCAAGCCGAUCGUGGCAUGCGCAAGGAGUACUUCAACAGCAGCGGAGCGGGCAAGUUUUUGCCUCCGGUUUUGAAGCUGCUCGAGCUGGCUGUCGCAAUCGUUUGCAUCGGACUGAUCGAUGAUCCAGCCCACAAUUCACGGCUUCGUGUGUUCAUCUCAUCGCGCACGGUGGCGCUGGCUUACGCCACCUUCGCCAUGUUUUUGGUGUUCUCCGUGAUCUAUCUGUUCGGAAAGGUUAUACGAGACAACUUCCCGUGGAAACUGAGCUCACUUCUGAACUUGACCGGUUUCAUCUUAUACCUGGCGACAGCGGCCUGCAUUCUGAGCGAUUGGUCCGAGACGAAAAACCGCAACUAUUGGCCCCCGAACACGCAAAGAAUGGAUUUCCUAUGCGGUGCUGGUUCGGUUGCAGUGGUUGGUGCGCUGUUCUACUUGAUCGAUCUGAUUGUCACCGUGCGUCUAGGCAUGAAGGGUGAAAUUGAGUAA